AUGUCGGACUCGCAGCCUGUAAUUUUCUCGACAUCAACCCAACACACAUUACCACCCUCAAAAUACCUGAUUCCGACGACAUGGGCGCGUUUUCAGCUUUCACAGCUCAUCAACAAAGCACUUGAGCUGCCACAGCCGGUGCCAUUCGAUUUUCUCAUUCGGGGUCAACUUUUACGUGGAACCAUCGCAGAGUGGUGUAAGGCAAAUGAUGUGAAAGAGGAGGAAACGCUCGAGAUAGAGUACUUUGAGAGUCUUAUGCCACCGAAAUUGUUGGCGUCGAUUGAGGGAGAGGAGUGGGUCGGUUCAGUGGAUUGUAAACUAAAAGGAUAUAUUUUGACCGCGUCCUACGAUGGCAUCGUUCGUGUCUACGACCAAUCCCAAAAGAUUCUCCACUCUAUUGGUGGCCAUGCUGGUGCGGUUACUACUUCGUGCUGGAUCUCCAGCUCUUCGGCCGGUGGCUCGCUCUCUGUUCUAUCAGGCUCGCAUGAUGGGACCGCACAAAUCACUCCCAUACCGCAUCUGGAACAAGGAACGGGUAAUAAUCAACUACUAGGUGCAGCCUCGCUACGCCUGCAUACAAGUCCUGUUGCAUCUGUCGCGGCGAAUCCUGGCGGUACCCAUGUCCUUACAGCUGGGUGGGAUGGUCUCCUUGGAGUCUUCUCGACGUCCAUACCAAAAGAAGACGAGGUUAUGGAUGAAGACCAGCCUGUGACAAGGAAGAAGCGGAGAAAGGUGGAAACUCCUGCUCCUCAACCAAAGCGAAAGGCUCCGAUACACGUGCUUCGUAGUCACACUGGCAAGGUGACAAGGGGUAUCUUCAAUCAGGAGGGGAAGACUGCUUAUUCGUGUAGCGUCGAUUCUACGAUACGAACUUGGGACACAGAACUUGGAGUCUGUACUUCGACCAUCACGGCGAAUAACAGGCCUAUGACCGACAUCACGAUUCUCAAGGACAACACAACCCUUCUAGCCGCUUCUUCUGAUCGUGUAGUGUCGAUAUAUGAUCUUCGACAGGCCACACUCACAGGUCCUCCCCCAGUCCUUCCACACCCCGCGUUCCCAGCCGCACUCUGUGCCCACCCGACAUCUACGUAUAAAGCUGCUACAGGGUCCUACGAUGGCGUGGUCAGACUAUGGGACUUGCGCUCCGCGAAAGCAGCCGUCAACGUCUUCUCCAUUUCCGGUAAGCAACACCAAAACGACCGCGUGUCGGGUCCCAAAGAGAGCAAGAAGAUCCUCUCGUUGGAUUGGGCAAACGGGAUGCUGGCCGUAGGAGGUGAAGCUGGUGUCGAACUAUGGAGAGUUUCGGAGAACGACGAGUUUACUCGCACUGGGUAA